AUAAUUGUUUACAAACAAACAUGCAUGCAAGGGUGUCAGUUUUCAUUGAAAAUAAAACUUGAGGAAGCGUAUUACUUUCGCCAAUUGAAAAGAACAUAGAUUUUGUAACAGUGAAUGCUAGAAAUAGUCUAUUUAAGCUAAAGGAAAUGGAGUUUGACAAAUCAGUCCUUGAAAAAUUAUCAGCACAUGAAAGACUGAAAAUUAAUCGACAGUUACGACAAAAACAGAUUGAAAGUUACCUGAGGUUUGUUAGAGAUCUAAAAGAAAGAGGUGGUGGUUCCGUCAAAAAGCCAUGCAAACCUAACAGAAAGAAUACCAAACCUUUUUUUCCUGAAGAUCUACUGCUCCAGGAUGCUGUUGAAAAUUUUGAUGAUAAAGAAGUAACAAGAUCAUUACAACAUUGUUCUAACCACAAUUUUAGAACAGGAAAUGGAACAUCAUUAUUGCAUAAGUGUGCUUCAGAUGACAAUGCAGUUACAGCAGCCAUAUUGAUCAACCAUGGAGCAGACAUCAAUAUACAGGAUGACGAUUGGUGGACACCUUUACAUGCUGCUUGUUCAUGUGACUCUGUGGAUAUGGUACAGUUAUUACUCAAUAAUGGUGCUGAUAUAAGUCUGGUUGAUGUUGAUGGAUUUUUUGCUGGAGACCAUUGCCAGGAUGGGUCAGAAUGUCAACAAAUUAUCAAUAAUUACAUGGAAACACAUGGACUGGAUGCUAGUAGGAAAAAAGAAAUUCAGUUAUCAACACCUCGUCAGAUGUACAAGGAUGUACAUGAUCAGUUAUCUAAUGGUGGAUCCCCUAACAAACUCAAUGAGAAUAAAGUGUCACUUUUACACAUAGCCUGUGCUAAUGGGUACAAAAAAGUCAUAAAGUUACUGAUGAAACAUGGAGCAGACAUGAAUAUUAAAGAUAACCUGUAUUGGACCCCAUUACAUGUAGCUUCUAGAUUUAAUCAGUUGAAAACAGUUAAAACUUUAAUCAAGCAAAAAGCAGAUGUAAAUGCUUUGGACAAUGAAGGAAAUAAACCAUCAGCUAUAGCAGGAAGUAAUGAGAUUAAAGCUCUCCUGUUAAAGAGAGAAAGAAAGACUAAUGAAGAUUCUGCACCAUCAGAAUUAGAUGUUGAAGAUGAUGACGAUGAAGAAGAUGAGGAUGAUGGCCUACAAGGAGGGGAGAUAAUUAGAAUCAACAGUAAAACAGUGAAACCCCGCCAUUCAAGUGUAGGAAAAAUGGAUAGUCUUCUUGAAGGAAAGCAGUAUAUCUCUGUUAUUGGCAGUAAUUUUGGUGAACAAAAAAAUAAAACAGAACAAACUUUUGGAAGAGUAAACAUUGAAGAUAAAUCUUUCUCUGAAGAAAGGGAUGUGAAGCAAGAUGACAGUGAUGAAGAAGAAAUUUAUGUUUCUAAAAUCUGGAAGACUGCUGCCAUUACCAAGGUUCAGCUACCAAAAGUAAGAGAAACAGAUAAUUUAAAGAAUUUAAGCGAUAUAUCUGAAGAAAGUGUACUGUCACACAUUGAAAAGAGAUAUAAAGAUGACCAGAUAUAUACAAAGAUAGGUGAUGUACUGCUUGCUGUCAAUCCAUUCAAAGAACUGUCAGUAUAUGCCAAACAGGUUUCUACUCAGUAUCACAAGACAGGAGAUUUAACCUCCCUACCUCCUCAUCUUUAUUCUACAGCUGAGGAGGCAUAUGGUUUAAUGGUGAAGGAUAAAACCUCUCAGUGCUGUGUCAUCAGUGGUGAAAGUGGAGCAGGAAAAUCUGAAACAUGUAAACUAUUGGUCCAACAUCUUGCUAGGGUAACUGGCAGUGAAGAAGCAAACUUGAAUAACAAAAUUAAUCAGGUGAAUCCUUUGUUAGAAGCUUUUGGGAAUGCACAGACAAUGAUAAAUGAUAAUUCUAGUCGCUUUGCUAAAUUUAUUGAAUUGAUGUUUAGUCAGCAGGGAAAAUUGGUUGGAGCCAAAUUAACAGAGUUUUUGUUGGAGAAGUCUCGUGUUGUCUACCAGAAUGAAGGCGAAAGAAAUUUUCAUAUAUUUUAUUGGAUGUUUUCUGGACUAACACCAGAAGAAUUUAAUUUAUUUCAUCUGCACUCUGUUAAUGCUCAUAGAUAUGUAAGAAGUAGAGUUGAAAUGACACAUCUCCAAAAUAAAGAAAACAAAGAGAAGUUCUGGGACCUUAAAAAAUGUCUUGGCUUUAUUGGAUUUUCUGCAGAUGAUAUUCAGAAUUUACUGGUGACCUUGGCUGCAGUAAUCCAUAUAGGUGAUAUUACCUUCUUUCCCCAUAGUAACACAGAUGCUGCUACUAUUGCAAAUGAAAGCAAAGUUGAAGAAGUUUCCUCCAUGCUUGAUGUAUCACCAGAGGAACUCAGUUCUGCCUUAGUAGCAGAGUAUACAACAACUAGAGGUGAACAGAUAAAAAAAGACCGAACUGUACAACAAGCAUCUGAUUGUCGUGAUGCUCUUGCCAAAGCUAUUUAUAGCCGUUUGUUUAGUUGGAUUGUUAAUGGCAUAAACCAACUAGUUGAACCAACAUAUUACAGCAUUGAGCAGUGUAAUGUUGGUAUAUUGGAUAUAUUUGGCUUUGAAAAUUUCAAAGUGAAUAGCUUUGAGCAGAUUUGUAUCAACUUGGCUAAUGAGCAGAUGCAGAAUUUCACCAAUGAGCAUCUGUUUAACAAAGAACAACAGGACUGUAUGUUAGAAGGCAUUCAAUUGGUGGAUUUAACGUACAAAAAUAAUCAGUCCAUUCUGGAUACCUUUAUGGAGAAACACACUGGAGUAUUUGCAAUACUGGAUGAAGAAAGUAGAUUUCCUAAAGCAACAGAUCUGUCAUUAGCUGCUAAAUUACACCAAGGACCAGGAAAGAAAUUCUCACAUGUGUACAAGUCACCAAAAGAUGGAGGUUCAACAUUUACGAUCGUCCAUUUUGCUGGUGCAGUGUCUUAUAAUCUCCUUGGAACGCUAGAUAAGAAUAGAGAUACACUGCCUAAUUCCAUUAUGUAUACUAUGAAAACAAGUAACAGUCUGUUGAUAAAGGAUUUGUUUCAGUCAAAAAUAACAAGAACAGGAUCAUUAGCACCUAGUGCCAGACAGCAGAGAUCUAGGAGAAAUACAACUAAAUCUCCAUUUGAGUUCUUUAAGAAACUGAGAGGUGGAAAGACAGACAAGACAAAACAACCUGUCAAACCAAUGACUGCUUCAGAGAGGAAAGGACCAGCCACAAUGGCUUACCAUUUUAGGUGUUCCUUAUCAGAAUUGAUGAUCAAGGUCCAGUCAUCUACACCACAUAUAAUAAGAUGUUUGAAACCAAAUACUACCAAGGCAGCUAUGACAUUUAUACCAGAAUAUGUUCUAGCACAGCUCAGAUAUACAGGCAUCAGUGAGACAAUCAAAAUAAAGAAGUUUGGAUAUCCUUACAGGAUCAAAUUUCAUGACCUUGUCAGUAGAUAUAAAGCAUUGAUGUUGUCUUGCUUACCUUCCCACUCCAUGAUACCUGACAUUGAAAAGUGUAAAGAAAUAUUUAAGUUCUGUGUAAUCAGUGAUGGAUAUCAGAUAGGUAAAACCAAAGUAUUCAUGACAGAUAGAGUUGUAUGUAAUGUUGAUAAAGCCAAUGAUGAAAUACUAAAGAAAAUUGUCAAAUCACAGUCAGCUGUCAGAAGACAUAAAGCUAUACAAAUUUUCAAAGAGAAGAAAGCAGAAUUUGCUAAGAAGCAAGCAGAAGCUAGAGCUAUAAAGCGAGCUGAGCCAACAAGUAAUCAGGUAACAGAAGAAAUACUACAUACCUUUGAUGAUUUAGAAGACAUGAUAGACAAUCUUUAUACUGAUGCCAUAAGUUAUAGGCCUUAUGAAGGUCCUCUUCCUGAUUUUCCACACAAUGAUGCUGAAAUGAAUGGUCAAGUACAAUAUAGAGGGCUACCAGCCCCACCCCAUGAGGCAGUAAUAUUUGAAGGAGAUGGGAUGCCACCUCCUUGCCCUAGGGAAAUGUAUUCCCAGGCAGGGGUUUAUGAUGUCAUUCCUGGUGACCCUCAUAACCAAAGGAGACAGAAAAAGCCAGCCACUCCUCAAAGGAGUCCUAGUACAAGAUUGAGUAGUCAGUCUGUUCAAGAUGACGUGUUUACAGAUCUUCAACAUUCUCCGAGACAACACACUUCACAACAGCAGUUUACCCAUCAUCCACAGCAAAGCAAUAUUGCCCAUCAACAACAAAUUCUGCGCCAACAGCCUGCAUCACCAAAGACAAAACAAAAACAUAUGUCACAUCCUGAUCCUAGCCAAUCAAAACCAUUCUCUUAUUUUGGAUCUGCUGGUCCAGCACCUCUAGUUCAUAGGCAUUCAGAAGGUCAACUACAAUACAGAACAGAGCGUUCUCCUAGUGAUUCAAAUUAUGAACAAGUGAACAAUUAUCAUAAUGGACAAACAAGAACUGGUUAUGAACAUAUGAGUCCUCCUAAUUAUAGAGAACCACAAAUGGGAGGAGGUAUUGGACAUCAUUCUGGUAGUCCAGUUUUACAACGACAAUCAUCAUUAACAAGGAAACCAUCUUUAUCUCCCGUGAUGAACAGAAGACAUGAAUCCCCAAAAACCAGUAAUCAGAGAGCUUCUGGUCAACGUGGUCCUCCAUCAUUUCCUGCCCCUACAGCACCAGGUUAUGUCAGACCUGUCUCCCCACCUCUUCCUCCACACCCAGUAGGGUAUGAUCAACCACCACCCCCACCUCCUAUUGAAAAAAUUCCAGGGCAUCAAUCUGUGACAUCAUUUGAACUUGGUAGAAAGAAAAGACAAUCUGGUGAAACAGACAUAAAUCGUAACCAAGUUCAAGACCCACACUUACAGUAUCCUCGUCAGCAAUCAACAGAAGGAUACAGUCCUUUGCAGACUCAACAAGGUUAUUAUCCAGGACAUCAAACAGAUCCAUAUAGCCCCACUCAUCAACAACAUAAUACUGGAUUAGUAUAUCAACAACAACAACCAUAUGGUGCUGGAUCACCACAACAACAACAAUAUUAUAACCAGCAACAACAACAGUAUAACCACCAACAACAACAGUAUAUUCAACAGCAACAACUUCAAUAUAUUCAACAGCAACAAUAUACACAACAACAACAAUAUACACAACAACAAAUGUCUUCCCAGGUUCCAUACACCCCGCCUGUUCAGCCAGUUUCUGGUGGUGGGCUUGCUGAUCAAUUAAUCAAAGUAAAACUAAAAUCUAAAUCUGUUAGUGAAGGAAGUGAGGAAAAGAAGGCAGGAGAAUUGGCUGCUGAACUAGGAAAAGUUAAACUGAAACCAGCAAAACCUAAAGAAAACAUGUCUCCACCUCCAGAGAAAACAGAGGAGUCACCUGCUGGCUUUCUAACAAAGUUAAAACCUACUGGUGCUAAACCCUGGGAGAAAGAUACCUCUCCUGAACAAAUUCCACAACAAGAAGUAGUGAUUGAGGAGCAAUUUGAUGAAGAUUAUUUUCCUCCCCCACCACCAGAUUUACAAGAGUUAUCUUCUCCUGAGCAAGCCAAUGGAUUUCAAACAAUACCAACAAGUUCUAAGCCACAACAAAAGAAAGGAGGUGGUGCACCAAGUCUUUCAAAAAUGGCUGAUAUUGAAAUUGACCUGAAUAACAUAGAUUACAACCAGAUUCCAGGUUAUACACCCAUUACAGCAGCUGUACCAAACUGGAAAAGAGACAUGAUUGAAAAGAAGAACCAAGAAAAAGUAGAAGAAUAUAUAGAAUAUCUUAAAAGAAAAGAGGUGCAACUUAGACGACAAAAAGAAGAACAAGAAAAAUGGAAGAACGUACCUGAGUGGAAACGAAAAAUUUUAAUGGAGAAAGCACAGCUUAAACAAAAUGAGGAUUUUGAGAUAGAUGAGGCCAGGAAACAAAAGGAGAAAAAAAAAUUUGAAUCACCAGACCAAGUCAAGUUAAAACCAGUAAAACCAAAAUCUGAAUCUCAACCGAAAGAAACAUUACCAGAAACAAUGGACACAAAACCUCUACAAGAAAUCAAACAAAACAUUCCAGCUUUAGAAACAAAAAAGCCUGAAGUAUUGAAGACGAUUCAGACUAAAAAUAUAGUAUUGGUUGAAACAGACAAAUUACCACCACCACCCCCUCCAGCUGUUGUGGAGAAACCUAAGAAGAGUGUACCUGACCCUGAUCUUCCCCCACCUCCUCCUCCCCCAGAUGUCAUGGAUGAUGGUGAGAGGGAGGAAGAAAGAAGACGACGAGAAGAAAAGAGAAGGGAGAUAGAAGCUCAAAUGGAUCAAGAAGAAGAUUCAGGUGAAAUUCCAGCAUGGAAGAAAGAAAUUAUGAUGAAACGAGGAGGGGUACUAAAGAACUGGGGGGAUGAACGAGAAGAUAUAAACGAAACUGAAUAGGUUAUUUUGAUUUUGUUCAAAUGUGAAUUUUUCAUUUUCAAUUGUUAAAUUUUGGAAUGCAAAAAAAACAAAAUUUUGUAAAUGAUCCGUAAGGUAGUGUUAUAUAAAGGCGCAAGUAAUGGUAUAUAAUUUUUGACAAGCACAAAGAAGAACUUAUGCAAUAUAUUAGAUAACUUACUAUAAUGACAAAUGAAUGUUAGUUCCAGUAUUUUCGAUGAUUGAAUUUUGACCAAAUUUUUACAAUUGUAAGAUGACUAACAUCACAUUUGAAAUAAGUAUGAAAGUUAUAAAUGUGGUUGAGAGAGCUGCAUGUUCAUUUAAUGAGCUAUGUAUAUUCCAAAGGAUCAGAAACUUACAUUUUAUCAAAUUUGAUGUGAAUAUUUAUAAUGUAUUGUUGUCAAUAUGUCUAUUUUUGUGCAGUAGAUUUUGUUUUAUGUGUUAAAUAUCUUAGAAAUGAAGAAAGUUACUGAUCUAUGUUGCAAAAAAAAUAAAACGACUCAAAUUUUAGCAGGGUAAUUUUACAGAACAAUAUUUAGAUAUGAAGGGAAAGCUUGAAAAUGAUUUUCUGCACAAAUGUUUUGAAAAGAAAUCUUUUUUAUUUUCCAUAUGAUAGGUCAUUAUAUUCAGUUUAUACAAAAACCAAACAAAUAGGGUGCUAAUUAAUCCAAUUUUGCCAUUUACUAACUUAAUGAAGAUAUAAUAGCAGCAAGAAGUAGAUACUAACAAAGCCAUUCCAUGAAGUGUUUUGUAAGCAGUAUUUCUGAUACCAUAUAUAGGGUAUGGUUCUAAAGUAAAUUGAUCUAAAAAUAAUUUCUACUCCCCAAGAAUUUAUUAUUAAAGGUUCAGUCCUUACACAUUGGAAGGGUGAUCAAGUAUGUGUGAUAUUUAAUUAAGUCUUAACUUGAGCAUACAUCAGGUGUUUGAAUUUUUUGUUCAGUUCUUAGAAUGACCAUUAUUCUGAAUGAAAAGAAGCAAGCUUUUUCGUUAUUAACUGGCUUGUUUAAUUUGCAGGUACAUGUAUAUAUUUUAAUUGAAUGAACUUUAAUAUUUGAUGACAUGAAAAUAAAGUUUCUAUUUCCAAAUUGUAUGAUAAAAUUUUUUUUGAAAUUUUAAGAAAUAAAUGCAAAUUUGUUUGUUUAUUAUAGAUAUUAGAACUGAAAAUUAAACAGAAUCUCAGUGAACAUUCAGAAACAUAUUGAUAUUUGAUGAUGUACUAAUGAAUAUUAAAUCACUUCUGUUUACAGGCAAAAAUGUUAGAAAAGUAUCCUUAAAGAAAAAAUAAGUAUAUCUCAAAGAAUGGUAGAUAUUUGUAUUGAGUGAUAUUUAUAAUUUUGGGUGAUAUUAUAAUGUGUGAAUAUAAGUUUACAUCAUUAAAACAUUGAUACUCAAUUUCAUGCUUAAAAUAUAUAUAAGCUGUUACAAGUUUUUUGAGAGUGUAACAAAAUUAAGAAAAUUAAUUGAUUUUAUUUUCAUGCAUUUUGCUCUUUUCGAUUUUAUGCUAAGAAAUAGCAUGCAUUUCUGUAGUAUAUUAUAUGCUAAUGCACAUAUAUGCAUUAUAAAUCAUGUUUGCAUGAAUUUACUUUUAUGCUAAUAAUUUAUAAGUAAGAUUGAUUUCAUGCAUCAACAUUUGGAAAUGUUUUAAUCUGCAGACAUAAGCACUUUAUAUGACAUAAAAUCAAGGACUAUUAUCAUGAGUUUUGUUGAAAAUCUGCAAAUUUCAAUGUUGAAUGAGCCAGCUGUAGUAAUUAUUUGCAAACAGAAUUGAAAACUUGCCUAGCUUGAUUUUAUACUUUUUAAAUGCAUUUAUAAGGCCAAUAACGCAGCAUUAUACAACAUAAAAAUGGCAGUUUUAUAGAUGAUAAUUGCAAUGAACUUUAUAUUCUUAUAUUGUUGUUUAGAACUAUAUUGUAGGCUUUCUGAAGAUUGUUAUAUAUUUAUGUGGAGUUCAACAUCUUCUUAACCAAGAAGUAUCUUGGAGGGGUGCCAUAUGAAAGACUAUUAAUAUAUUGUGUCAUUUCUCUUUCAGACAAUUUAUUUUAACAUUAUUAGAUUUAAUUUAUAUUAUGUUGAUAUUUAUAUGAACAGAGAUUUAAAUGGCUUUAGUUGGGAUACAAUUAAGCAUGCUCAUUAUAAUCCAUUGAUUUUUCAACAGUUUACACUGAUGUACCCGGUAAUCUGUAAAAAGUCAAAAUCCACAUUUGUCAAAUAGUGAAAGUUGGUGUAAUAGUUUUAGCUUUUCUGCUUAAAUUUUUUGAAGCAAAUGCUUUCAGUUUAGAUUUUUUUCACUUUUUGCAUAUUGUUAACUAGUAAAAUCUCUCAAUUUCUCAAACUUCUUCCUGGUUCAGAUAACCAGUGGAGGUGGUUGCAUAAUUUUUUUUUUAUCAUCAUGCCCUCUGAAGAAGCUUUCAAAAUGGCUGAUUUCUUUUAUGUAUCACUGACACUAUUUUUCAAUAAUAAACCAAAGGAGACGAGAGUUACUGAAAUGCUUUAACUUUAAGGUUUUAAAAAAUAUUUGUGAGUACACAAAUGUAAUCUAAAAUUAUUUACAAAAAUUAUCAUUCUUUGUUUAAUUUACAAUAAUUAUGAUUUAUCUUGUCCUAUAUCUCCACUAGUGUCAUAGUAAUGGAUUUAUAUUAAAAUCUGCACACUUUUGAAAAUUUCCCCUUUUUUGAAAAUUGCUUUACAUUUAUUUAUAGAAGUUUUUUAAGGAAUGAAGUUUAUGUAAUCGUUAACAUAGCAAUGCAGAUUUGACUUUUUAUUUUGUACAGAUAAAGUUAGAAAUCCUAGUAAUUUAUGUAUUUUUUUUAUGUAUUUUAAUAUUUGUUUACAUUUAUUAGUGAUAUUUAAUCUUUCAAGUGCAAUAUACAUAAAUGUUAGUUGAAUCUCAUACAAUAUUUUUUUUGAGUUUUUAGUACAGGUAAAUACAAAUACAAAUGUACUGGUAAAUGUAUUAUCAUACAAAUUUCCCAAAUUUGAACAUGGCCAUUUGAGUAGAAAACUGUAUUGUAGGGCCUAUAUAUAAAGACGUUAUAAUUGGAAGAAAAAGGCCUUAUACUAGAAGAAAAAACUUAACUUUAAACCGAAGUCUGUUUAAAAUUUUGCUUCAAUGAAAAAAAUAUUUACAGUUUCGAUCAUAUUAGGCAUUGAUUUGUAAUAUUUGUUAAAAUUGACUGUACUUAUGGAAUUGAGUAUGAGGUUCAACAAAUUUGAUGCUUUAAAAAUGCAAGUUUUAUUGGUAAUCAAAGCUUUACUUCUAAUUUUGCUUAUACAUUUUUUUCAAUUUGUAACAUGUAAAACGGAACAAAUGGUGAUAGCUUCUAUUGUUACUUUAAUUAUUGUACAUGGUACAUAUACAGGAAAAAUAUUUGGCAGAAGUUAGUUAUUUCAAUAAAUUUAAGGAAUGGCCUUGAAUGUUGAUAUAAUUUUGUGUACCAUUUUGUCACGAAUGUUAAGGCAACACAAAUUACAUUCUUUGUUCUUUAAAUUUUCAAUAGGUGAAAAAUUGAAGUGCAUGAGUAACUUGAUCUUGCUUUAAUUUUUUUCCAUAAUCUAUUUUUUUAUAAGAGUCAUGCCUAACUAAAUCAUUUUGAAAUAUUAUUCUUACAAGAUUUGCAUAAUUAGAAUCCUUUGUUGUUAUUUGAGGUUAUUUUCAUAGACUGUUUUCACCUUAUUACUUCAAUAACCAAUAUAAACAAUAUGAUGGCUUAAAUUCAUUUUCAAAGAAAUGUUGAUAAAAAAAAAAAAAAUAAGUUAUAUAUUUCUGAAGUUGUGAUCAACCAAAAAUUUUCUAUCAAAAUCAGGUUUAUAUGCAAAAUUUACCUGCCCAAAUGUAUAAACAUACUAUGUUACAUUUGUUUUGAUUUCACUCAAUAUUUAUUGGCAAUACAAAUCAAUGGAAUAUAUUACACUGUGUGUCUGUGAAGGGUGUAAUUAAAAAAAAAAAUGAUCUGAUAGUUGUAUUUUGUAUGUUUUGAUGUGUUAACUGGCCCAAUUCACUCUCAAACUUUACAUCGAAGUCCUUCACUAACAAAAUUUACAUAAGAGUCCUUUUAUGUCAAAUGUUUGUUUGAAUAUGUCCAGUUUACUCAUCAAUUUAAUUGAAAAUUAUGUUUAAUUCUACAGUGUUAGAUCUGAACAAUUAAAUGUUAGCUGUGCAAUAUAUUUCCCAUUUGAUUAAAAUAAGUCAUACAUUGAACAGAAAGAUAAUUAUUACAUAGCUAUAUAGAAAAGUAUGUUCCUGAGUGUUCAUUGAAAAAAAAUUGGAUACCAAGUUUCGUUUUAGCAGUCUCUUUUUUCAUGGUAUCUGCUGAUAUUUUUGGACAAGCAUUUUUGACUUCCAUUAUAUUUCUUCCUUCUGAUUUUGUUACCAUGUCUAAAAUAGUAUACAUACUAUCUUUACAUCACACAGUGAAGCAGUUAAGACUUUUCUUCUUCACUCAAAUUUUACAGCUUCCAAAUUAAAAUUGCAUGAAGAGGGCAAGGAUUACAGAACUUUAAUUGCUGCAGUGUAUAUGAAAUACUCAGAUAUUAAAAUAUACCAAUAACUCUUACUUUCUCUGUAUUUGUUAUAUUUCAUUGUGUUUUUCUGUUGUAUCUAACUAAAACAAAAUAAUUGUUUUGUAAUUUUGUAAGCUCUUACAUUAAUUAUCAUUGUCUAUGGAUAUAUGUAUCAUUAUGCAGGACUUAACAAAGCCUUGAUUAAAAAUAUAAAACAUUUCCAAUAAAA